UGGCUCCAGAGCAGCACCAUGAUGCCCGAGUGUUUACUCCACAAACAUUUUCGGGAAAUGCCCUCAACAAUAAUUAACUGGCUCUGAUCUGGACUCGGCUCUCAGCUCUACUUUGUUAUCAGGUGAUUUUGUUCCUGACAAAAUGUGCAUCAGAUACCUUGGAUUUAUUCUUCUGAUCUGGUUUCCUAGAGCGCUACAUGCACAAAGUGCAGCACAGUCGUGUAGUGCUCCCAGACUGGAUGGUGGUUUCUUUGCCCCAAAACAACAGACUUAUUCUGAUGGAACAGAGCUGAGCUAUACCUGUGAUGAAGGACAUAAACCAGCAGUGAAGGGUUGGUGGGCAACAAGCACAUGUCACAAUGGAAAAUGGUCUCCUGAACCACAGUGUAUAGAUGAAAAAGCCUGCCUGCCACCAGACAUACCCAAUGCAAAAUACACAGGAAACCGGAGUGGUUGGUAUAGGGAUGCACACAAAAUCAGGAUAACAUGUGAUGAAGGAUAUGAACCCAAAUACAGACAUGUCACAGCCAAAUGUGAUGGUGGAACAUGGACGUCUCUGCCGGUCUGUGAGAAAAGUAUCUAUGCAUGUGAUGAGCCCCCUAAAAUCCCCCACGCAGUCAUCAUUCAUCAGGAAUACCAGGAGGUGUAUCCUGCAGAUACAAAAUUGCAGUAUGAAUGUAAAGAUGGAUAUACUGUAGAGGGAGCAGACACCACAAAGUCCAUCACUUGCAUAUCUGGAAACUGGAAUGAAGGCCCAACAUGCAGACCUUCUACCUCUGGCUCACUUGAGAGAAACCCUAAACCUCUAUUCACAACAGUCGACCACUGUGGAGCAUACCCCAAUGUUCCAAACGGUGAUGUCGUGGAAAGGGAUCAAACCUUUUUAAAGUUCCAAUGUAGUGCUUUUUACACACAAGUCGGUUUAGGCACCGUGGUGUGUUACAGUGAUGGGACUUGGUCACAACUACCCAUCUGCAAAGAGGCGUUCUGCGUCCUGGAUCCUGCUGAACAUGUUGGGGCCAAUUUUAGACUAUCUGGAGUUGAGUAUUUAAAGGAAGGAGAGGAGAAACAUAUUCCGUGUAUUCAGCAGGAUUACAGCAGCCGUGUUCAGUGCACUAAUGGAAAAAUAAAUUUCACCCAGUGCAGAGAAACUGAACCAGCUGCUGCAAAGGGUGGUUCUGCAACAGCUGGGGGAAACACCACAUCUGCUGGCAGCAGGACACGUCCUGCAGGUGGAGGAUCCUCUUCCACCUCGGGCUCAAAUGACAGGCGACCUCAAUUCAUACCAGUUGACGACUGUGGAGCAUCCCCAAACAUUCCAAAUGGUGAUGUUGUGCAAAAGGAUCGAAUGUUUUUGAAAUACCAAUGUGAAGCCUUUCACACACUCGUCGGUUCAGACACCGUGGUGUGUCACAGUAAUAGGACUUGGUCACCACUACCCGUCUGCAAAGAGACAUUUUGUGUCCUCGAUCCUGCUCAAGAUCCUCUGCCCAAUGUUAAACUAUCAAGAGUUGAAUAUCUAAAGGAAGGAGAGCGGAAGCAUUUUCCGUGUGUUUGGCGAGAUUACAGCAGACUUGUUCAGUGUACUAAUAGAAGAAUAACUACUACAGGAUGUUGUCAUACUUAUGACCAUCAGCGGGGAGUUUGCUGGUAAAGCACAGCAGAGGAAUCACUGCUGGACUGACAACUAAAGCCAAGUUGGAAAUUUCCUCCGUCCUCCAUAUUCCUCCACCAGAGAACAACUACACCCAUUUUUUUCCUUUCUGUUUACUUUUUUAUUGAAGAUUCAUACACACAAUUUUGGAGCUGAUUGUUCUUUAACAGUCAGUUUAAUGACACGAUCAAUACUUUGAAAAAAAAUAAAGUUUAUAUGACCUACAGUCAUCUGAAUAAAA